AUGAACCCGGAGGCCAGGCUAUCACGAGCACGAAGCAUGCAGGCUCCCCCAUCCCACCGCGGCGGCCACCCCAGGGAGGCGCCGUACAUCAAGACGGAGCUCGCGACUGCGGGCUCUCAGGGGCGGGUGAAAUAUAGCCAUGGGCCCAUUUCGACGGGCACGAAGACCGUCGUUCUGCGGCGUCACGUCUCAGAAUACCGCAGGGAGGGCUAAUCUGCAAGUUUGGCAUUACUCGUGCGGGCUAAAAGCGCC